AUGAAAGUCAAACUCGCGUGCGCCAGUGACCUCUUUGAAAUUCGAGACGAGAUUGGCCAAUGCGACCAACGUGGACCCGAUACUUUGGAGGGAUUACUCGUGUUGGUUGGUUGUCCGUUCCCGGAAAUCGAGGGCGAACGCGCUGUUCCUAGGGAACCGACCCCAGUGCUUCAGGGGACGCCAGUCUUUGGGGAAACUGACCAAGAUGAUCAGCUAUGGCCGGCGCUCAAAUCCAAUCAACGGGCGGUGGAAUGUCGGAAGCUAUUAACUAGUGCAACCGAUGGGCUCCGGAUUAUUUCGCCCACGGCUUUUUGCCAAGUCUUCAUCGUCAUCCGCUUGACAGGGAAAGAUACUCCACUAGGCAACGAUCAACUGCCCGAUGGGGACGUCGCGGAAGAUGAGGUGAAACCGAACAAAAAAAAGAAGUCGUCGAUUAACCUUAGUAGCUGGGACCAAAAUUGGACACCGCCCGAUGGAAGCGAGGAAGGAUGA